AUGGUAGACGGUGACACCACUCCACCAUCAAAAACCUCAGAAAACUCAGAGAAAGGAAAGAAGGUUGCGGAUGAAAACCCACAUCUUCAACCAGAUAGCCCUUACUACGUACAUCCAGCUGAAAAUCCCACCACUGUUCUUUAUCAACCAGUUCUUUCAGGUGAAAACUAUGGCACUUGGGUACGAGGGAUGCGCAAAGCUUUGAGUGUUAAAGCUAAGACAAGAUAUAUAGAUGGAACAAUCAACAAACCAACGAAAUCAGCAUAUAUUUCUUAUUGGCAGCGUUGUGAUGAUCUUGUUGGCAGCUGGGUCUACAACUCUUGUGAACCAGAGAUUGGUCGGAGUAUCAUGUCUUUCUACACUUCCCAUGAGAUGUGCAUGAAUCUGAAGAGUCGCUUUGCACAAUAUAAUGCAACCAAGUUGUACGCAAUCAAGCAAGCAAUCUCGAAUCUGAAGCAAGAAGACAAUAUUGUUGCUCAGUAUUUCACUCAGCUGAAAACUCUUUAG